AUGGGUUUGGCUCCAAUUUCUAUUGACAAGACCUGGUGGGUCUCAACACUCCCUGCUUUUGUAGAAACACAGAAUUUGCUUAAUGGUUUCGUUUUAUUCAGCAUUUUCAUGGCAGUUUUAUUAGCUGCGAUAUUAACUUGGGCUUUAUCCCCUGGGGGUUUAGCCUGGAAAAAUGGCAGAAACCAAAUAGGUCAGGUCCCAAUCCCUGGACCCAGAGGCCUGCCUUUCUUUGGCAGUUUAUUCAGCCUAAGCCCCGGUUUGGCUCAUAGAACCCUUUCUUGCAUGGCUUCAAAACAAGCCGCUACCAAGGUCAUGGCUUUUAGCCUUGGAUCAGCUCCUGCUGUCGUAACAUCUGAUCCCCAAAUUGCUCGUGAAAUCUUGACCUCUCCUCACUUUGCCAACCGUCCUAUUAAAACCUCAGCAAAUAAGUUAAUGUUUAGCCGUGCCAUUGGUUUUGCUCCCAAUGGUACCUACUGGCGGCUUCUAAGAAGGAUUUCAUCGACUCACCUGUUUGCUCCAAAGCGCAUUGCAGCCCAUGAAAGUUGUCGCCAACUAGACUGUGUCGCCAUGUUAUGUGCCAUUGCUACAGAACAAUCAUCCAAUGGCUAUGUUGUUUUACGCAAACAUCUUCAAGCUGCAGCUCUUAACAAUAUAAUGGGAACAGUAUUCGGUAAAAGAUAUGAACUGACACAAAACGAUGAUGAAGCUAAAGAGUUGCAAGAGAUUGUCAGAGAAGGGUUUGAUAUAUUGGGUGCUUUUAACUGGUCGGAUUAUCUGCCUUGGCUGAGUUAUUUUUAUGACCCUUUUCAAAUCAAUGAACGCUGUUCGAUUCUUGUCCCCCGAGUGAAAAAACUAGUUAACCAAAUCAUUGAUGAACACCGUAUCAAUCAGUCAGAAAAGGUUGCUGAUAGUUCAGAUUUUGUUGACGUGUUGCUAUCUUUGGAUGGUAACGAGAAGCUCAACGAGGAGGACAUGGUAGCAGUCUUGUGGGAAAUGAUCUUUCGCGGUACUGAUACAACUGCGCUUUUAACUGAAUGGAUCAUGGCCGAGUUGGUAUUGAACCCUGAUAUUCAAUCCAAGCUUCACCAAGAACUUGUUCUUGCCGUAGGAGACAAGAGAGUGACAGAUGCUGAUGUGGCUAAAUUACCCUACCUUCAAGCAGUGGUCAAAGAAACACUAAGGUUACACCCACCCGGACCCCUCCUUUCAUGGGCCAGGCUGUCCACGUCAGAUGUCCAACUCAGCAAUGGCAUGGUGGUCCCGUCCGACACGACAGCCAUGGUCAACAUGUGGGCCAUAACCCAUGACCCAAAUGUCUGGGAGGAUCCACUUCUUUUCAAGCCAGAGAGGUUUGUCAAGUCUCUAGGUGGAGCUGAGGUGGAUAUGAAGGGUGGUGACCUACGGCUUGCACCAUUUGGGGCUGGGAGAAGGGUCUGCCCUGGCAAGAACCAAGGGCUUGUGACUGUGGGCCUUUGGGUGGCUAAGUUGGUUCAACAUUUCAAAUGGGUUCAAGACGUAGCUAAUCUAGUCGACUUAACCGAGGUGCUUAAGCUGUCCAGUGAGAUGAAGAAUCCUCUUUGCGCCAUAGCUAUUCCAAGAGAUUGCGUUCAACUUGUUAAGUGUCAUGAGACCUGAGUAAAAGAAUGAAUAAAACUAAGGGAUGUGAUCAUUUGAUUAUCCAAAUAUAUCUAUGUGUUAUGUGUUU